AAUCAGAAUAAUCGAAAGCAUAAAAAGAGAACCAUUUCGCUACUCGCCUCAUUCAGUGUCUAAAAAGCGGUCUUACUGUAUCGUUCAGUAUUCUAAAAAUCUUCAACAUGAAGUUUAUUGUCAUUUGUGUCACUGUGUGCGCCAUUGCGCUGAAUUUUUCGUUGGAUUUUGUAUAUCCCGCUGUAACUACUCCUCAAAAGUACUCUGCUUCUAAUUUCGGUGCAUUGCUGGGACGGCAACACAGUGAAAGAGCAAAAGAAAUUACAGAUGCGUGGGAGGAAUGCAAUGAAACGUAUAAUGUACCGUUAUACGAAGGCAUCGACCUGUUUCAGAAUCCUCCAUGGGGUGAAGAUCGACACGUGGACAGAAUGUCUAAAUGCCUCGUAGACUGUACGCUCCGUAAAACAGGCGUGGUUGCCGAUUGCGGCCUUGACGAGGCGGAAUAUAUGAAGCAGAUCAAGCAACUUCGAUUCAAUUACACAUCAUUCAACGUAAACGACGAAUCGACGGACGACAAACGUAAUAUAUGGGAAACGAUUGAGAACCGAGCAAACUCUUUGCCACCAUUAUGUUACUAUGUAUUCAGUAGAGACAGUUUCUAUAGUCAGCUGUUACAUAGAAUUCCGACCUUGAACUAUCAGAAUAGAUGCUACAAACUCAUCCAGUCAUACUCGAAAGCGGCACGCAAAUGCAAGGACCUAAAGGAUCCUGAUGGCGAUGACUGCGAGACGUCUUGGAUGAUUAUGCGCUGCAUAAUGGAUGAAAACCGAGGACGAUUCUACAACAGUCCCUUUUAUCCGAUUAAGAUCAAUGCGUUGCAUUGACUUUAAAACAAACAAAUAAAAUGAUUGACACGGAACAUUUUCCGUUUUCGAACACGCGGUUGCGUGAAAAUUCGCCUAACUCACAAACGAUUUAAUUUUAAAUAGCUAUAACUUCGAUUCUUUUCAGAAUAAAUGUUUUUUUCUUUUGUUGU